UCUGCUUGAUAUGUGUGGAAAUCGCCAUUGAAGCCGAACCUGUCAGCGCUAAUCCUUCGCGAGGAUCCCAUCGUGACAGACGUCGUCGGGCUGUGUCGAAUUCGGUCGAACGAAGAAAAAAAACAGAGUCACUUUGAUUGGAUAGUGCGCGUUUGAAAGUGGAGAAAUUUGGUAUUCCAGUGCCAGAUUUUUGGAUAAAAACGAAGUGCACAAGAACAGGAAGUGCACGACGGACUGCACAAGAAAAGUUUUACGCUUUGCCGAAACCACUGCUGGGCAGCUCGGCUCGACUCUCGGCACUCCGACAUUGCUUCUCGCGUGUAUGUAGAAAUAUUGAUUUUUCAAAUAAGGUGGAGAAUUCAAGGCAUUGAAUUCGUCUGUUUCUGAUGGUUUUAAAGUGGAGUGUAAGCUGAAAUAUGAUUUGCUUUCUGCACGAUGGAAACUCUAGGCUUCGGUGGUGAUCAAGCAUGAAGGAAAAAGUGAUAUUGUGAUAAUUCAUCGGGUUUCGAUUAGCUAACAUCGUUCAGGAAGUACUGAUUGUACUAAGUGAUUGCUUUGAAAGAUAGAAAGUGGUGUCCCUUCUCGUUAGUUUUUCCUUGGAAAAUAGCGAGGAUCCUUCCUAGAAGUUUUGCCUAAAUUAUAUCGAAAGGCCAUCAUAAAAUCUUUAAGCUUUGUUCCAAAAAUGAGCAGAGAAGUACAGAAAGAAAAUAGCACCCCUUCAACAGAGGCCCAUCAAUACGUGGGGCCUUACCGUCUGGAACGAACUCUCGGGAAAGGUCAAACCGGUCUUGUGAAACUGGGAGUGCAUUGUGUCACCGCGAAAAAAGUGGCUAUUAAAAUUAUCAAUCGAGAAAAGCUUAGUGAAUCAGUGCUUAUGAAAGUGGAAAGAGAAAUAGCUAUAAUGAAACUAAUUGACCACCCACAUGUCCUUGGCCUGACGGAUGUUUAUGAAAAUCGGAAAUAUUUAUAUCUGGUUCUGGAGCACGUUUCCGGUGGGGAACUGUUCGAUUAUCUGGUGAAAAAGGGUCGGCUGACACCGAAGGAGGCGCGCAAAUUUUUCCGCCAAAUAAUCUCCGCGCUGGAUUUCUGUCAUUCGCAUUCAAUCUGCCAUCGCGAUCUGAAACCGGAGAACCUGCUGCUGGACGACAAGAACAAUAUUAAAAUUGCCGACUUUGGGAUGGCCUCAUUGCAGCCGGCGGGUUCAAUGCUGGAAACAUCCUGUGGAUCUCCGCACUAUGCCUGCCCGGAAGUGAUUCGGGGAGAAAAGUACGACGGUCGACGGGCCGAUGUGUGGUCCUGUGGGGUGAUUCUGUACGCGUUACUGGUCGGAGCACUGCCUUUUGAUGAUGAUAACCUGCGACAGCUACUGGAGAAGGUGAAACGAGGUGUGUUUCACAUUCCACACUUUGUGCCACCGGACUGCCAAAGCCUACUGAAAGGUAUGAUCGAGGUGAACCCGGAAAAACGACUUACGCUGUCGGAAAUCAACAAACACCCCUGGGUAACCGCCGGUGGCAAAGGGGAACUAGAGCUCGAGCUGCCCAUGAUGGAGGUCGUCCAAACGCAUGUGAUCCCGAACGCCACUGCUGUCGAUACGGACGUCCUAAAUGCCAUAUGUUCGUUAGGUUGUUUCAAGGAAAAGGAAAAACUAAUACAAGAACUUUUGAGCCCAAAUCACAAUACGGAGAAGGUAAUCUAUUUUCUACUACUAGAUCGAAAACGUCGACGGCCAGCAGUAGAAGACGACGAAGAUGUUCUCAGACCUCGGAACGAUAUAAUCGAAAUAGCAGAUCCACCGAGGAAGCGGUUGGACACCAUUCGAAUUAACGGUAGCAAUAGUCUUUCGUAUGGCCAGAUAAGUGAAGGCUCACCGUUGACAUCACGACGGCAAACAUUCAAUAAUGGUCGCAGUCACAGUAGCACCCGUCGCUCACCUUCAUCCGUUCCGCUUUCCCGGAGCUCAUAUCAAAGUCCAACGCGAGGAGUGCCGGUGAACUCAAGUCAACCACUUUCACAACUACAUCCGCCAUCCUCGCCGAAUUCUGUAGUGAAUCGACAUGCAAACUAUGCCAGUCGUGAUCGGAAGUCACAGCUCAUUGAUCCUUCUUCCCCGGUUCACCAUCGAGCAAACUCAGGACCGGCUAUUACUGUAGGACUUUUCUCGGAAACAGAUUCUAAUAACAUGACAUCCUCUAUUAACGCUAUUCCUGGAUCGCCGAUCCUAGGCAGUCCUCAACUUGCGGGCGUCACAACCGGAAGUCAACUAUGGAAAACAAGGCUGACAAACAUAAAAAAUAGUUUCUUAGGUAGUCCUAAAUUCCACCGAAGGAAACUGCAAAUUUCAACCGAAGAAGUGCACCUUACCCCGGAGUCAUCGCCCGAGUUAACGAAAAAGUCUUGGUUCGGAAAUCUUAUGACGACAGAAAAGGACGAAACCUUCACCGUGCUGGUCAAAGGGAAGCCUCUUGCGACGGUGAAAGCUCAUCUUAUCCAUGCUUUUCUAUCGAUGACAGAACUAUCGCAUAGCGUCUUAUCGCCAAUGUCAUUCCGUGUCGAGUAUAAAAGGGGCGGAACGGGGCCGACGAUGUUCCAACGGCACGUCCGAAUACAGGUCGACAUCAACACGAUCUGCAAACAGGGCGAUGUGAACGAUAUGCUAUUCGCCAUAACGUUUACGCUGAUUUCCGGCAACAUCAGACGCUUCCGGCGCAUCUGUGAACACAUUCAGGCACAGGUCUGCUCAAAACGUUACCCAGCCCUGACGAGCCCGACCAAUCAACUCAACAAUAAGGUUUCGACGACAUCCGUUGCCGAAAGCAUAUCGUGCGGAUCGGACUCGAGCGAUCGGGUUAACUACAACAAGCAUCAGGAAUCGGACAUAGAACCAGAGACGUUCUACGACAACAGCAGUAUCGGCAAGGCACGCCGUUCUUCGGCAACAUCCUCCAAUAAGAAUUCAGUUUCGUCUGAUGAGAUAGAGAUUAAAACCGUACGAUCGAGCUCGGAAUCGACCGAACGGGAACGCGAGCGCAGCGCCGAACGAACGGCGGCAAUGUCCGGUAGUGCGUUAGUAUGAGAGUUAUUUCUCUGAUAGGAUUUACCGAACACCAUUCCCGUCGACGGUGACGAUUCGGUCGAGUCCCAGUCCAGAAAUGUGCUUCACCAGCAACAAUCAAUCCCCUCGUCACCGUCGAUGGUGGCGGCAUGUACAGGACCUACUGGCGACACUGAUACACUAUCCGUAUCUGUUGUUGAUGAUGAUCCUACUGCUCCUACCAGCGAUUCCACGUGCUUUCACGACCCUAAAGCUUCGAGUGAUGAAACAGUCGAUUAGAUCUCGAAGAACUGAUCGACUAAAACAAGAGAACUAGUCAAGCAAAAGCAAGGGUCUGACUGUUUUUUUUUGUGUAAGAUAUAAAUAAAAGCUAGGCUUAUGACAAAAUCAACAAAAUCGUGCUUCAGCAAUUUUUAUUUUUCUAUUACGUCAUAUCAGCGGACUAAAUUCCUUCAUAUGACGUACUCAGUUCCUCUCCGAUCAAAGCAACCAUACCUGAAUGGAAUUGACACGUUCGAUCAGCCAAAAAGCCAUGCUCAUCUAAUCAAUCAUGUUGUGUUAUCAAACACUAAAACAAAAGACAGGACUUUAAGUCAAUUUGGCUUUGCAUUAUUGCAUGUUAGAAUCAUGUCGAAAUGUCCGAUUUAUGAAGCCUACAAGUAUCAACUAGUGAAAAUAAAUACUAAACCAGAGUGAUGAAAAUUAUCAGAGUUGGCGUGGUUGAAGGUAAAAUUUGAAAAAUAUUACGCCAAUCGCAGGAAAUCGUAUCCAAACAAAUAAAUACAUACUAGCCAAUUUUACUGCAGAAUCAUCUAUAACACGUGAAUAGCGUUCAGUUACUACUAGCUGCAGUUGGGAGGAACACUUGGCUUCGAAACAUGCAAGUUACGCACAUUCAAUAAGAAUGAUAGUCCAACGUGAAGACAGGAAAUUGUUUAGUUAACAUUUAUAUUUACUUAUCAACUCGCCAUAAUAAAACAAACGAAGCAACAGGUUCACUCACACAUAUACUACUGGGAUUCUCAAUGGUGUUUUCUUGUUGAUAUAAAAUAAAAGUGAGUCAACAACUACACGAUCCUAUACUCGAUAUCACUAAAUAUCAAAUUUUCAUAAUAGCUAAAAACUUUUGCAAUAUUGUUUAUUUUCGUUGUAACAAAACUUAUAUAAAACUUUCAGGCAAUAUAAGAUUUAUGUAUGAUUACAGAAGUGAGAAUGUUUUUGAUCUCGCAAUGUUUUUUUUAUGAUUGUAUAAAAUAUUAAAACAUAUGGCUUGAUAGCUUCUGUGCGUUGGAAUAAGGUUUAAAAUUGCGGUACGGGAAGAAAAUCAAACAACUAAACGCUUAUUAGUUUUUACGCUAACCAAAUACAGAAGCUAGAUUGAUGAUGUCGGCUUAUCUAGCUUUACAAAACAACUAAACAUAAGUGGUGAAUGAUGACACUUGAUGAGCAUAAGAGUUUGAAAACACACAAUACACACACACAACAAAUGUUAAUCAAAUACUGCUUAGUUAGUAUAUCUUUCUAUCACAUUCGAUGCAAAAUCCGCCACAUGCAGUUAGAAAACUAAAACAAGUACAUACACUAAAGCAGCGAAAUAUACAAUAUGGACAACACAAAAAAUGAAUAGAGACAGUUUACUUACUCAUGAUUGUGAACAAUUGUCUAACCGUGAGAACCCUUCAGAUGAAACAAUGCUAUAUAAACUACUUAUCUAAGUAUCUAAGCAAAACGAACACAAGGAAGCGCAUAGUGGAGCUACACAUAACUCAUACACCCAAAUGAUGCAUCACAACUACGAACUAGAUUUCAUGACUAUUAUUAGUUCACCCAGAAAAGAAUCAAAAGAUAUGAAAACAGGCACCGACUUGUUGACCAUAAUCGAAUACAAUAUGGCCGUUAAGGCGCUACCGGGGUUAACGACGCUAAGGAUGAUGAUGAGGAGAAUGAAGAUGUUAAUGCGAAUUAGUGAAGAGCACUGUAAAAAGCUGCAAACUGAAUAAAAACAAAACAGUGGACACCGUAGAAUUUGAGAAUAGAAUGCAAACACAAAACGCGAAGCAUAUAUAGGAACCAGGGAUGAGUAUGUACGCAGAUUAUGAAAAUGUGUAGUAGAAAAUGUAAACAAUGGCACAUGGGUAAGGCAACAAUUUAUCUCAAUGAAGUUUAAAAUUGGACAGCAGAAAAAAGCAACAGAAACAACAAAAACGGCACUGUAAAAAUCAAUACCAUGUUUUGUAAGGAUAAGUAUUAUUGUUCUCAAUGACAAAACAGAAAAAAAUAUACAUUUGACAUACACGCGCUAUGAAAAAAAAAACAGUGAAACGA